AUGGACUUUAUUAGGUUUCCUUUCAAGACAACAAAUUAAACAAAAAUAAAAGAAAGCUUUAGAAAGCAUAUAAUAUCUAAAUAUGGAGGCGAAGAAGCAUUUUAAGCUGUGGAAAAAGCUUUUGAGACAAUUAAUGAACUUAGAGAUAGAUUGAAUUUUGAUCAAGUAUCAAUUAAUAAUAUAGUAGAAUGCGAAAAUUUAGAAAGGACUAUAUACAAAUACUUAAAAUAUGCUUAAUAACUUUAAAAAAAAUUCAAGUUUGAGAGUUGGCAAUAAGAUAGAGUAAACAUAGAGUUUUAAUGGACUGAUUCUUUUAGAUAAAAGGAAAUUAUAACUAAGACAAGCAAUUUGAGAGUAGAAAUGUGUUCUAUUUUAUAUAAUUUGGCUAUCCUGCUUUAUUAUAUUGGUAUAGCCUAUAUGAGUAAUGGAUCAUCAGAUGGACGUAAGAACGCUAUUAAGAAGUAUAGGUAUGCUUUGUGGGCUAUUAUGGAAUUAAAGAGGAAUCUUCCAUCAAUCAUAAAGGAUCUAAAAAAGCCUCAUUUAGACUUUACUGUCUAAAAUAUUUCAACACUUGAAAAUAUCUUAUAUGGUCUCUGCUAUAUUUGUUUAUUUUUCAACUUGGAAUAAAAUGAAAAUUAGAUCGGAAUUUAGCACAUUGCAUCUCUGGCUGGUGAAGCCAAUAAGCAUUUCUAACUUGCGUUAAAAAUUACUAAUGAAGUUUUCAAUGACUAGAAUACUAGUUUCUCAAAGAAUUUCCUUCUUGAGUAAAAGAAAUUCUUAUAUUCAAACACAGUAUACUAUUUUGGUAUGACAGCACUUAAAAUGGCAAAGCAUCACUAAAACAAGCUUGAAACAGAGUAAUAAAUCCCUCAUAUGGGUAUUGCGAUUGCCUAUCUCGAAAAAGCUAGAGGAAUUUUACAAUUAGCGAUGAAAAAUUUAGAUAAUAUAUCCCAAUCAAAGAAGGAUAGCAUAAACAAACUAAGCUAAACUAUAGAGUAAAUGUACUAAGAGUUCGUUUAAAAAAAUCAGCAAAUAUACAGACAUUAGAUAAUAAACGAAUAGCAAUUACCCAUGACAUAGCUUUAAUAGAAUAUAAGAAUAGUUUUUGCUAUGCCUCCUGACUUAGAAGUCGAGUAACCCGAUGAAGCACAGUUUAGAAACUUACUCUCUCCAGAUAUAAUUUAACUUCUUAAAGAAGUCAAGAAAAUAGCAGAAAGAAAUAAAACUGAAGUCUGCAAUAAUCUGAAAGCCUUAAAGGAAUUUAGAAUUAAGAGUUAUUUAGCAAACUUUGUGAACGGGUACUUAGAAAUGUUGCAGCAGUCAUCACAUUAUUAAUAGAAAAAUGGUAUGUCUGCCAUGAGGAUGUCUCGUCAACUUCCUUAAACAAUUUAGUAAAAAUUAGAUGCUAUUUAGAAAAAAAAAGGAGAAGAGGAAAUUUUAAGGCUUAUUACAGUUUUAGAUGAUAACAGCACAAAUGCAUAGAUUUAUAUAAAUGAAUGUCUGGAAAAGCUUAAAAAAGAAGAAAUAGAAGACGAAAUUAAUAGAAAUAAAUAUAAGCAAUCAUGGGAAAUAGUUCCUUCCACUUAAGCCAAUCACAGCUACAUAAUGAAGAUUAAAGAAUUAUAAGGCAAUUUAAGAGAAGGUGAAGCUAUUGAUAACCAAUCAAAAUAGUAAUAUUAAGAUCUGUAAUUCUACUUCUAAUUAAUAAGGUAAGGAAAGGAUUAUAUAGUAUCUCUAAUUCCUUAAGCAUAGGACUAGCAGUUUGCUAGAGAAUUUACAACACAAAUUGAGAAUAUAAAUUAAUUAGACGAAAGCGUCCGCAAUAUUAUAUCCUAAGUAGAAUAAGAGACAGAUUCAAACAAAGAUUAUUUAGCCAAAGUUGAUAUUUAAUUAUUACUAUCUUAAGCAAGCUAACAAAGAUUAAACAGAGAUAAAACUAUUGAAUUUAUUUGUUCAUAAUCAACUCAAAUUUACAUGACUCUCAAUUAAAUUAUAAAUUAAGCUUCUUUAAUGGUAGAAGAAAUAUGUAAAAUAUCCUAAUUUCUCAAUUCUAAAAAAAUGGCUAAUGAAGCACAAGAUUCAAUUAAGGAAAUUGAAAAAAUAAAUAAUGGAUUAGGAAGAAUUAUGGAAUUAUAAAGCGAUUUAGAGCAAGGAAUUGAGUUUUAUAAAUUAUUGUUUGCUGCAAUUACAGACAUCGAUUCUGAAAUUGAAGAUUAUCUUACAUCAAGAUAGUAGUUAAAAGAAAAUCAAAUAUAUGUAAUUGAUGUUAAAAAAUAGAAUGAAAACAAUGAUGGAUAUGUCACAGAUCAACCCUUCUUUGGAGACGGAGGCUUCCCAAUAGGAUAAAGUAAGUAUAUUCCAGUUAACAAUCAACAGCAAAGCUUUGUCAAUUAAAGUUCAGAAAUAGAUCAUACUUGGUGA